UCACGUGGUUUUAUUUAUGUAACUUACGGCGUCAGAAUAUAGCUCAGAAUUUACUGUACUGCGGCCAGCGACGGAUAAAAUAAGUUGAUUUUGUAAUAAAAUAUCCAAAUAAUUGUUCUUUUUAUAUCGCUGAUUAAGUUGGAUGGAGGCACUGUAAGCGACGUCUCUCGGACUGAAGCUGUGAGAACCUGUUCACUAUGCACACAAACGGACAGUGCUACUUUUUUCCUAACAAAGACUGAGAUGUGAACUCCACUGGACAUUUUUCUGAAACCGGAUUAAUUCAUUGUUAGAGAAAAGUCUCGAUACCGCAUUAAAAAGGUUUCGUUGGCUGCUUACUACAAUUUCCGAGAAGCUCGGUAGUAGAUCUGCAUUGCUGCCUGAACUGACACUUCACCUUCCACAGCUUCUCACACCGGCGUCUCCUCCCUCUAGGGUUCUGUUAUUAAGGACUAUAGACAUUCAUAUGCACAGUGGUUUUACAUGAAAAAUCCGUGGGACAUGGAGCAUUUGGAUUGUCCCAUAUGCUUGUUUCUUCUGUUUGAACCAGUGACGGUGAGCUGCGGUCACUCGUUCUGCCGCCGGUGCAUUAUGGGAAUCUGUGUACCGUCCAAAUGCCCAGUGUGCAUGGAGAGGCUAAAGCAAAGAGACGCAAAAAACAUAAAAAACAAUGUUUUGCUCUUCUGCAUAACUGAGAAAUAUUGUCCCGAGGAAACCAAGACGAGAUGCGAAAUACAGGAGAGGCUGAGAGCUCGCGAUUAUACGAAAGCACUACGUAUGGCUGAAGACAGGAUAAUGAUAGUUCCUGAUGAUUUGAGUCUGAAAGCAUGGAGGGCAGAGGCCAACACAGGACUCAGGAACUUUUCUGAAGCUCUCCGUGACCUGGAAGAUUUGUGUUGUGCCAGGCCCAGCUGGGCUGAGGCUUUCUACCGAAAAGGGAAUGUGCUGCUGGAGAUGGGGAGACUGACUGAAGCUCUCAUGCAGUUCCAUCACUGUCUAAAACAACAGCCUGAAUUUGCUGUUGCUAAGAACCAGAUUAAGAAGGUAUGGGAGAUCUUGGAGAUGGAGGGAACGGUCAUACCAGAGGAGGUGCCACAGAUCUUACAAAUUGUGGAUGAUUAUCUUAGAGACUGCAGUUCUCAAACUGAUACUUUUGGUUCUUCCUCCUCUGAGGGCCUGAAGUUACCCUGGAAGCAGAUGGAGGAGAAGUUUACUUGUGAGCAGACUACGUCUCAAGUCAAGCACAACUCCAGUAAUGAGUGCCAGCCUAUGUCUUUCCUUUCCAUAGCCCAGGAGAGUGUGGAGCAGAUGGCAAAGAAGGAGGAAAUACAAAUGAAAGUGGACCAGGAGCCGUCCCCUCUGUCUGUAUCUGACUUUGAGUGCCCCCUCUGCAUCAGACUGUUCUAUGAUCCGGUUACAACACCAUGUGGCCACACAUUCUGCAAGAACUGUAUUGAGAGAAGUCUUGACCACAAUCUCCGCUGUCCACUCUGUAAACAAGCACUACAGGAAUAUUUCAAGAAAAGAAAGUACAACCCCACAGUCCUUCUGCAGGAGAUUAUGACCCGCCUCUUCCCUCGGCAGCUGGCUGAAAGGAAACAGGUGCAUGAUGCUGAGAUGGCUGAGCUUUCCAAUUUGACCAAAGACAUCCCAAUAUUUGUGUGUACUGUGGCCUACCCUGGUAUUCCCUGCCCACUACAUGUUUUUGAGCCACGCUACAGGCUGAUGAUGCGCCGAUGUAUAGAGACCGGCACCAAGAAAUUUGGCAUGUGCAGCUAUGAGCAUGGAAAAGGGUUUGCAGAUUAUGGCUGCAUGCUGGAGAUUCUGGACCAGAAUGUGCUCCCUGAUGGCCGCUCUUAUGUGAACACAGUAGGAGGAAGUCGAUUCCGUGUGCUUCGGAGAGGCCAGCGGGAUGGCUACCACACAGCUGACAUUGAGUACCUGCAAGACCAUAAGGCACAUGAUGCUGAGCUGGAAAUGCUGCAACGCCUCCAUGACAGUGUGUAUCAGCAGGCCAGGGAGUGGUACCAACGACUCAACAGCCGCAUCCGGGAGCAGAUCAACCAACAGCAUGGAGACAUGCCUGAGAGAGAGGAUAACAUUCAGGCAUCUGCUGAUGGUCCGGCCUGGUGCUGGUGGCUGCUAUCUGUGCUUCAGCUAGAUCCAGCUUACCAGACAACAGUUCUGUCCCUUACCACCCUGAAGGACCGAUUAGGACAUGUGCGCAUUGUAUUGGAGUACUUUUCUCAGAGAUAGGACAACACACACACACACACACACACACACACAGGACCUUAUCCCUUUUUACACUGCCUUAGAGAAAGAGCACAUUUUUGUUCGACUAGCAAUUAUAUAAUUAUAUGUGAAAUAGGUCUGGGUAUUUUAUACAGCAUAUUUAGUUUCCAAAUACAAUUGUUUGAUUCGCUUGUUUGCUUAGCUGAAGUUUAAAACAGCAGAUAAUUCAGGGUAAAUAGAUAUCCAGAUAAAUCAGGUAUUGGUAACUCACAAAUUAUGUGAAUAUUAUGUGAACUUAUAUGUGGGUGGUCAGAUAUAAUGCUUUUGGGACAAAGAAAUGCAAUGCUGAUUAUUAGCAUAUAGGGUUUUGGCAUGGCAUUUUCUUAUAUUUAAGCAAGACUAAAUUAAUUAGAAAAUAUUGCAAGCAAGUGCAAACAUUAUUACUGUGAACAAUAAUAAUAAUAAUAAUUGCAGGAAUUGGCUGUAUUACUUUUGGAGAUGGUGGGAGCGGAAUUAAAUAAUCAGUACCGUGCACACCUCUAAUUUACACUGUACAAAUACAUACAGGUAUAGAGCACAAAUUAAUCAUUGAUACUUUUGUAUCGAUGCAUCUAUAAGCUUGGCCAUGUAUAUGAUGCCCUUUGCAAAAUGACAGAGGAUCAGAUGUCACCUGCUGCAAGAAUGCUUUUCUAUGUGUUUUGCGAUAGUGACAUUCUUAUUAGAAUCAAACUGUCAAAAUGCUAAUGUGUGAAGUUUUAAUGCUGCUGAAUAAGGCUGUUUGUCAUGAAAAUGCUAAAUCCAUUAUGUCAUUUUAAAAGUAGAGCUUCCAAUUUUUACUCAUAAUUUAAGCAGUGAUUUGAAUAAUACUUUGAGGCAAAUUAACAUUGUGAUAAUGGUUAUAAGGAAUUUAUAUAAUUUAUUUGGAACAGUUUAAAUUCCCCUCUUUCUUGUAUUUAGGCUGAGCAUCAAGAAUGAGAGAACAAAUGACACUGCGCUCUGUCACUAAUGUGUAGAGAUGUUAAAUGAUCCAAGAGCUUAUUUUGUGGCCAUCAGAAUAUGUUUAAUCUGUCUGCUUUUCUCAGCAUCAUCUUGAAAGGGAUUUGUGCCUUUGGGUUUAAAGUCUUAAUUUGGAUGAAUAUAUGCACAUUUGGUACUUUCUAAAUAGACUGAAUGAUUAAGCAGAUAAUAAUAAUAAUGAUAAUAACAAUCACUGUCGUCAUAAUCAUCAUUUGCUAAUGAAGAUACACUUAAAUUAGAAAUAAUGUAUUUUUUGUUAUGGUAAAGGGACAAUAGAUCAGGUUAUGUUAAAGGGACAAUAGAUCAGGUGUUGGGUGUCAGUCACAGCAAUCACUGACGUUAAUCAAAGAUUUGUCUUUUAGUGCAUUUUAUCUGUCAACAAGAAGGAUUUUUUUUAUUUGUCACUAGUAAAGGGAUUCCAAAAUUCUUUUUUGUUUAUUAAAUACAUAGCAAUAAAAAUGAAAGUCAGACAUAAUUCAGUUUGAUCAGCUUGAGAGGGCCACACAAGUGUGAAUUCUUGUAGGAAUUUCAUUAAACUUGUUCAAGUUAUGCAGAAAUGUGAUUUUGGACAGUUUUCGAGAAAUGAUUGAAUCUUUCAUUUUGUUUUUAACCCUUUCUUCUGAAUAAAAAUAAGCAAUAUUAAAUAAAUAA